AUGGCAUCGACCCGAGUACCGGUCGAUGCGAAGCUCGACGAGGCUGCUGAUACUCUGAUCCAAGGCCAUGACGACCCGAGCCACGCAGCCCUUGCUCAUCCGCGGUCGCCGUCGACAGGGCAUGGGACCUUGCUCCUCAGCCUCGCGGCGGUCGUCGUCAUGGCUCUCGCGGCGGAGCAGCCUCGACACAGCCGCCUUCCUGCGACAACGCUCCCGGCGUCGCACGCCCCAGGGUUCAAACCGUGGGCUCCACUGCCUGCGGUCGACGGCCGAAAGCUGGCCUACAUGCUGUACGCGACUAACGACCUCCAAGCGUGUAACGCGCUCAUCGCUGCCAAGAAGAUCCGCGCGCUUGGCACGCCAUCGUUCAUUGAGAUUGUUGCGUUGGUCACAGAAGACGUCUCGGUGCAAGCGCGCCAGGUUCUGGUGAACGGCGGGGUUCGCCCCAUGACCGUUGCUCGCUGGCGGCGCAAGACGGGCAAUGACUACUACAAGGACUCGCUCACGAAGCUGCGCAUCUUCCAAGAGCUCGGGUACGAUCGCGUCAUCUACGUCGACACGGACACGGUCAUCAUGAAGAACCUCGACGAGCUCUUCCACCUGCCGCACGCGGUCUUUUGGGCACCUCGCGCGUACUGGCUCGAGCACCUUCAGCCGUUCAUCACGUCCGUGUUGCUCGUCGUGGACCCAGACAAUGCGCUCUUCACGCAUUUGGAGCACGCGAUCGAGCAUGAAACCGAGGUGCGCUUCGACAUGGACGUCCUCAACGUCGAGUGGCAGCAUGUAGCCGGCAUCCUUCCCUCCGAGUACGUCGUGCUCACGACGCAUCUCAAGGAGAACGUGCACAAGUACCUCUUUGGCUACACGUCGUUCCUCGACCGAGUCAGCCAUACGUACAUUCAUCACUUCUCGUACUCGGACCAGUACAUCAAGCCAUGGACGAUGGACGCCGACGCGAUCGAGCGCCAACCGCACGUUCUUCCUCUCUACUACGAGCUCUACGAAGAGUAUUGGGCACAGCGGCGGGCGUUGUGCUCCUUUCUGUGA